CCCGGCGCUGGGAGCGGGGCGGCCGGGGAGCUUUCAGGAUGGCAGCAGAAGUGGAACUCAACCACGUCCAAUCAGCAUCUGAAAUGGCAGAGGGAGAGGAUGACGAACACAUUUUUCAACCCACGAUGUUCCUGGAGCCUCAAGAGACGAACAUUGAUAUGAAGGCACUUCUGGUCAAGAAAGUGAAGAAAACUUGCAGCUGCACCCCAGCCAAAGUUAAAGACCUGAUUUUCAGUUUUCUCCCUGUCUUGCAGUGGCUCCCCAAAUAUAAACUGAGAGAGUACAUCCUGGGAGAUAUAAUGUCUGGUGUGAUAGUGGGCAUCCUGCUGGUCCCACAGUCCAUUGCCUAUUCCCUAUUGGCCGGCCAGGAACCUAUAUAUGGUCUUUACACAUCCUUUUUUGCCAGCAUUAUUUAUUUUCUAUUUGGUACCUCUCGUCAUAUAUCAGUUGGUAUUUUUGGUGUGCUUUGCCUGAUGGUGGGACAGGUGGUGGAUCGUGAGGUACAGAGAGCUGGGUAUGACAUAGAGCCCAGUGUUCAUAGUGACCUUCAGAGAGAGAUGGUCAUUUAUGUAAAUACCACCACUUUGGCUGUGAACCAGACAUCACAACCGCUGUUAUGUGAUAGAAGUUGCUAUGCAAUUACUGUGGGAGCCACGGUGACCUUCAUAGCUGGAGUUUAUCAGGUUGCUAUGGGCUUCUUUCAGGUGGGCUUUGUCUCAGUGUACCUCUCUGAUUCCUUACUCGGCGGAUUUGUCACAGGUGCCUCCUUUACUAUCCUAACCUCCCAAGCGAAGUAUCUCCUGGGCCUGGACAUUCCACGCAGCAAUGGCAUUGGCUCCCUCAUAACCACUUGGAUAAACAUCUUCAAAAACAUCCACAAGACCAACAUCUGCGACCUCAUCACCAGCUUCUUGUGUCUCCUUGUCCUCAUCCCAACCAAAGAGCUGAACGAGCACUUUAAAUCCAGGCUCAAGGCCCCCAUACCCAUUGAACUGGUCGUGGUUGUGGCAGCUACGCUGGCAUCUCACUUUGGGAAGCUGAAGGAGAAUUAUGGCUCCAGUGUUGCUGGACACAUUCCAACUGGGUUCCUGCCACCCCAGCCACCCAAAUGGGAUCUGAUUCCUAGUGUGGCGAUGGAUGCUGUUGCCAUAGCCAUUAUUGGCUUCGCUAUCACUGUGUCCCUCUCAGAGAUGUUUGCCAAGAAGCAUGGUUACACAGUUAAGGCCAAUCAGGAAAUGUACGCCAUUGGCUUUUGCAACAUUAUUCCCUCUUUCUUCCACUGCUUCACAACUAGUGCAGCUCUUGCCAAGACUCUUGUCAAAGAGUCAACGGGCUGCAGAACUCAGAUCUCUGGGGUGGUGACCGCGUUGGUCAUCCUAUUAGUUCUGCUUUUGAUUGCACCUCUCUUCUACUCCCUUCAGAAAUGUGUCCUGGGGGUCAUAACCAUUGUGAACCUCAGAGGAGCCCUGCGGAAGUUCAGGGAUCUGCCCAAAAUGUGGCAUCUGAGCAAAGUGGACACAGUGAUCUGGUUAGUCACGAUGGCCGCUUCGGCACUGCUAAGUACUGAAAUUGGCCUGCUGAUUGGUGUCUGCUUCUCGAUGCUGUGCGUCAUUGUGAGGACUCAGAGACCAGAGGCACCGUUGCUCGGCUGGGUGGUAGAGACUGAAAUGUAUGAAUCCCUGUCUGCCUACAAGAACCUGAAGACUAAGCCAGGCAUCGUGGUUUUCCGUUUCGAAGCGCCUCUCUACUAUAUCAACAAAGAAUGCUUUAAAUCCACUCUGUAUAAGCGGACUGGAGUCAACCCAGCCUGGGUGAAGGCAGCCAAGAAAAAGGCAGCAAAGCGAAUGCUUAAAGAGAAAAUGGUGAAUUCUGGUGGCAGCCAGGCGGACGUCGCAGUGCAGCUUGUCACCGAGCCACUGGUGUUUCACACCCUGGUGAUUGACUGUUGCGCAAUACAGUUCUUGGACACAGCCGGGAUCCACACGCUUAAAGAGAUCUGCAAAGAUUAUGGGGAGAUAGGCAUCCAGGUGCUGUUGGCCCAGUGCAAUGCCUCUGUGAGGAGUUCCCUGCACCGGGGAGAGUACUUUAAAAAAGAGGAACAGAACCUCCUCUUCCACAGUGUGCACCAGGCUGUGGACUUUACAUUGGGUGCACAUAAGCAAAAUGGGUGCUGGGAAGGCAACAAUUGUGUGUAG